AUGGCAUGCGGGUGUGCCGUUGAGGUGUUUUGGGGAUCGCUGAAGGUCAGCGCUGCGCCGCUGAAAGUCCCCGGUCAAACGUUAGGAGGGCUGGCACAUCAGUCUUUUCACCAGAGGAUCCUUGCGGCGGCCUCCUCAACAAAGGCUCAGUUUGUCUGUUUUUCUGCCGCUGGCUUUGUUUUUAUCGUGCGAAUCCCCUCAGUGAUCAUUGGAGCUGUGGCUGCUUCUGCAGACUGGAUCCAGACAGAAUAUGGUCUACCCCCACCUUAUGACCGCGGGGAGGCGGGAAAUGUCCUGCCACUGGCUCUGUCCUACAUCACACCCUCCUGGGUGUCAGUAUUAGGGAUUGGCGCAAUAGCAGCAGCGGUUAUGUCCUCCAUGGACUCUGUAUUGCUGUCAUCGGCGUCCAUGUUCACACGAAACAUAUACAAGACGACGUUGAGAAAGCAGGCCUCAGACAAGGAACUGCAGUGUGUGAUCAGAAUUAGUGUGCUGCUGGUUGGCCUCGCUGGAAUUGGUCUGACCUUCAACAAGAGCAGCAUCAUUGCUCUCUGGCUGCUGACCACCGACCUACUCUACUGCGUCGUGACACCACAGCUGGUGUGCGUGGUACACCUCCGAUGCACCAAUUGGUACGGCGCCAUCAGCGGCUACACGGUUGCGCUGCUGCUGCGCGGCCUGAGCGGCGAGCCAGCGCUCGGCAUCCCUACUGUGCUGCUCUACCCCGGCUGGAGGGAGAAAUAUGGUGUGAUCACACAGUACUUCCCCUUCAGGACUUUGAAUGCGUUCAUUUCUCUGACGACUAUUGUUCUGGUGUCCUGGCUGGUCCAGCUGGGCGUCGUUCGACAGGUCAUUCCUCAGUCUUGUGAUGUGAUGGGUGCAUUCAAAGAGAAAACGGGGGCAGAGGAAGAGGAGAGACCAAUACCAGUUUGCAACGAGGAAAAGAUUUGUGUCUUUAAUACAACGUUAUAG